UGUGUGCCAGAGUCAGAAGUUUGUAACGUUCGCUCAGUGUUCAUAAAUUGCACACGCCCUAGUAGUAAAAUAUACAUUAAAUACUAAAAUAUGAUAGUAAAUUAAGAUAUAUAUCAUUUUUUUAGUUUUGUUCUGUUGUUGAAGUGUUAUCAAAAGAAGAAUGUCUGUUAGUGCUAGCGCCGAAAACCUAUCUACAGAUGCCCAAAGCUGCGAUGGGGGCUCAAUGUGCCUGGAGCUGGCGCUGGAAGGCGAGCGGCUGUGCAAGGCCGGCGACUGCCGCGCGGGCGUGGCCUUCUUCCAGGCCGCCAUCCAGGCCGGCACCGACGACCUGCGCACCCUCAGCGCCAUCUACAGCCAGCUCGGCAACGCUUACUUCUACCUAGGAGACUACAACAAAGCAAUGCAGUACCAUAAACAUGACUUGACUUUAGCUAGGACGAUGAAUGACAAACUGGGCGAAGCCAAGGCAUCAGGCAAUCUAGGAAACACACUAAAAGUGAUGGGGAAAUUCUCUGAAGCCAUCCAAUGCUGCAAACGUCACCUGGAGAUAUCCCGUUCUCUCGGAGAUCGGCUAAGCGAAGGCCGCGCCUUGUAUAACCUGGGCAAUGUGUACCACGCACAAGGCAAGCAAUUGGGACGAGCUGGACAGAACGAUCCAGGACAUUUCCCACAGGAAGUCAGAGACUGUCUGAUGCAAGCCGUUUCUUAUUAUGAGGAGAAUCUCGAGCUGAUGCGAAGCCUAGGUGACAGGCAAGCGAUGGGCCGCGCUUGUGGCAAUCUCGGCAACACUUGCUACCUCUUAGGAGAUUUCGCGAGAGCGAUCCGCUACCACACCGAACGACUCCAGAUCGCUCAAGAGUUUGGCGACCAACCCGCGGAGCGACGGGCUAACAGCAACCUUGGAAAUUCGCAUAUAUUCCUCGGGGAAUUUGAAAAUGCUGCUGAACAUUACAAGCGAACUUUGGCUUUGGCUGAGGAGCUAGGCGACGCCGCGGUGGAGGCGCAAGCUUGCUACUCGCUAGGCAACACGUACACGUUGCUGCGCGAGUACCGCAUAGCCGAGGAGUACCACGCGCGCCACCUCGCCUCCGCCAGGAAGCUGCAGGACCGCGUGGGCGAGGGCCGCGCCUGCUGGUCGCUAGGCAACGCUCACGCCGCCCUAGGGAAUCAUGAGAAGGCUCUCUAUUAUGCCAACGAGCAUUAUAACAUAUCUAAAGAGCUAGGGGAUGUCCUGGGAAUGGCGACAGCUCAGAUGAACAUAAGCGACCUCCGCAAAGUAUUGGGGCUGCCGACCGAAGCGGAGCCCGCGCCGCCCGUCAUCCCGGACGACAGCUGCGCUCCUCGCACGCCCUUCAACGCUCUGCGCGUCCGCCGACAGAGUAUGGAGCAACUCUCCCUCAUACCUAUAACUCCUGAUGGCAAAAAGAAUGAGGAAGAGGAAAAGGAUAAGAAGCCGGAAGUGGUUCGAACAGAGUCUGAAGACAAUCCCGUGGAAUCAUUCUUCGAAUUGUUGACCAGAUGCCAAUCGGAACGGAUGGACGAGCAGAGGGCGACGCUCAACGGCAACAAGGAAAACAGGCCGAAGACCAAGAGCUCCAGCAACAAGCUGCAGCGGUCUGCUAGUAGCGGAAAUCCUAAUAACGGGCCGACAGACGCAAUGCUGGAUAUGAUAACGGAUAAGCAGUCGGAGCGAAUGGACUCACAGCGCGCCGAGCUGCGUCCAGCGCCGAAGAAACUGAGCAUAGAGAACAAGGGCGCCUCUCUGCCAGGCCUGCGGCCGCAGCAGACCACCAGCACUAAGCCUGAAGACGAUUUCCUGGACAUGCUGGCUCGCGUACAGGGCUCCCGUUUGGAGGACCAGCGCUCAGAGCUGCCGCCGCCCAAGCCAGAGGAGCGCCCGAAGACCGUGCCCGAUGACGACUUCUUCGCUCUCCUCAUGCGCGCACAAGCUGGACGAAUGGAGGACCAAAGAGCUACUAUCCCGUUACAAUCGUCUACUGACAAUCGUCGCAACAAGGGAGGAUCAAGCGUAAAGAAAUAAACGUAUCGGUAACCACUGAGCGCGGAACUCCCGUAACAUAAUUAAAAGUACAAUGUACAGCGAGCUGCAAAAGUGCAUACAAGUGGGUGAAGUGGGUAUGCACAUUUGCAGCUGGGUGUAAAUCACAUAAUAAUACAUUGUACAACAAAAUAUAUACGAGCCCUAAUGCAUAAGUUUUCGUUUAGUCAACAUUUAUUUGGGUUCUAUUUGUACCAAAAAUUCGUUUCAGAUAAAAAUCUAACGCCUUUUAAUACUAUUGCUAAAAUAGCUAACACUUUUAGUUUUUUUUUUGUAUAUAGGUAUACAAGAAUAAUCUAUUUUAAGAUAAAAUAAAUUAAUCGUUCUUUUUUAUAAGACUUUUAAAGCGCGAUUGUAAAUGUGAGCUUCGAGGCUAUACUGCGAAAUUUUAAUUGAAGACGAUAGUUUCAUGUUUUAAUUAAUCAAGAAAUUAUUUCACUAUUUUUAGUCCAAUUAAUUUAACUAUGUAAGAGUGGUAUUCCAUCUAAUCAUCUAAUAUUUUGGUCCAAUGUCAUUGCGUCUCACUAUCUCAUUAAACUGGACAUGUGGAAUACCAGCCGAACAUGCAAAUGUUUUGAAAGGUUAGCCCAACAACGGGAGAAUAACCCCCCUAGCCCUUUUUUAAAGUUUUUACCAAAAUCGACUUAGUAGUUUUGACGUUUCGGUGAAACAAAAGACAGCAAUAUACAGUUAAAAACAUACCCUUUCCGUAGACGGAUAAAAAAUAUGAAUAUCAUACUAUCAUACAGUAGAAUCCGUUUAUUAUGACUCCGCAUAUACUGACCAACCGCUUACUAUGACGCAAUUACUGUGCGAAGUUUGGUUUCCAUAUAAAAUUCUACGUGACGAAGUCGGAUAAGAUGACUUCGCUUAUAGUGACAAUUCGCUUACUAUGACCUAUAAAUCCUAUUGAUAUGGAAUUAUGUCCGGUUAUACUGACAAUUCGCUGGUUUUCGUUGCCGUACCUACGUCUUUCAUUACGAAACGUUUGAUGCGUGAGUGGCGUGUAAGUUGUUUUUGUUUUGAUUCUCGAGAUAAUUGGUACACGGUUAAUAAAACUCAUCUCUUGCAAAGGAAUUUGACUUUUGAGAUUAAUUUGGAAAAAGUAAUAAAAAUAAGAAGUUAAUCCACUAUGCUUUAUAUGACAUCCGCUUAGUAUGACGUGUUUGUCACUUCCCUUCGAUGUCAUUAUAAGCGGAUUCUACUGUAUUUGUUUUAGGUACACUAAACGACCUUUUCUGCAUUGGGGCUCGAUUGGCCAAAUUUUUUAAGGAGAGACAAAUAAAUAUCUGACGUAAUUGUUUGUAUAAGUGGAGGCAUCACCAUUUUAAUAGGUACUUCCUGUGUUACACAUAAUGUUUUUCAUGUAGCCUAAGAGCUACCCAGUUGCACCUAAGAAAAAAAUAUCAUUUUUAAAUCGGCAAUUAAUACAAAUAUGUAUGUAUAUUAUUUGGCUAAUUCGCGAAAUAAUAACGUGCAAGACAGUGUCAACCCGUUAUAAUUACUUGCGUAUGCAAUUAAUGUUUCCCGGCUAGCAAUGUACAAAUUGCAGAACAUUCCCAAAAAGCGGAAACGUUCUCGAGAAUGUUUUCAGAACAUUCCUGCAACAUGGAAAUUAUUGUUUAAACAAGAGAAUAUACUUGAAAUAAAGUUUAAAUAGGCAUAACUUAAAACUAAAUGUUAUUAUGCAUAUAUUAUUGUCUAUUACAGUUAGCUAUUUUGUUGAUGUGAUAAAUUUAUCAAUAAGUUGCUUAAAUUCUCAUUGUAUAUCAGAGAACAUUUCGACUUUCGACAAUUUUUUCCAAAAAUUUUGUUUUGUUUCAUUAGAAUCUAGAAAGGCCUCUAUCUCCCGCCACGCCAAAUCUCAGGGCGCUCGGACCAACAUGAAAAAAUUAAAAAAAAAGUCGGCCAUUUUGAUUUUUUUUAAUGCAGUUUGUUUUGUCUCGGGGCCCUCUAUGACAUUUGGUCGAGCACCCCCCACCUAUCACGCACCGUUUAAAAGUUGCCAUACAAAAUAAAAGGGGCCAGUUUUCCCGCAAUUGUAACAUUUUUCCAAAAAUAAUUUUUCAUAGGUAUCUAGGAGACCCCGAGAUUCCGUGACCAAAAUUUGAGCGCGCUAGGAAAAAAUUAAAAAAGUUUAAAAAAAAAGUCGGCCAUAUUGAAAAAAAAAUGGUGGCGUCAAAAACUGCCAGGGUCCCUCUAUGACAUUUGGUCGAGCACCCCCCCACCUAAGUCUGACCGUUUGGCCGGGCCGUCAUACAUUUUUCUGACCAGAAGCGGACGACCAAAAGUCGGAAUUUUCUGGGGGUAAGGACUACACCUAAACUAUCGUGAAUAUUCAUGGUGUAAACUACGAUAAAUAAAUAAAUUCUCGUUCUCGAGAACAUUCUCAGAAGUUACCGAGAAUUUCUCAUGUGGAAAGUUUCGCAACUUUGGAAAGUUCUCGUGCGUGCAUUGCUAUUCCCGGCGCGAAAAUAAAAAAAAAUUAACAAAAUAAUACCCCUCUUUAGAAUACCACAAAAUGAUACUAAUAUUAUCACCAAAACAAAAACACGUGAUUGGGAUACCUAAUUACAAUAUUUUUGCUACCUUUCUGGACUGGAAAUCGGUUCACAAAAUUUAAAGCUCCAGUCAUAACAAAGGUACUGAUUGUAGAGAACUAAGGAAAAAUCGUGUCCUUUAGUUUGGGAGCUGAAAUAGAUGGCGUAUAUUUACGCGACAAGUGCCAAAAACACUACUCGUUUGUCAUGCCAUGGAUUUUAUCUUAAGCACCUAUGCCAUGCCAAUGAGAUCCAAUGUCAUUCGCGAUAUUUUCAGCCGACAUAAGGCAAGGUGGUAGAACAACGAAGGCGCCAACGCUUAAAGGUGUAAAGAAUUGCAUACAUUAUAUAAUAAGUCGAUUGUGCUACUGGGACGGGAGUCUCGAAUAAGCCCUGAAAUCUGUCGUUAACAAUGGCCACUCCAUGCCACGCUAACCUUCCUACAUUCCAACUAUUAAUGAUAGUUGCAUGCUAUGAUAGCAAAAGUUAUUAAAAACCCCGAAUGCACGUACUACAUAUUAGUAAAUAAUUCUUGUGCCUACUAAAACGGUAACUCUGUAUUACUUAAGGUAUAUUUUUUAUUAAGUAUCUACAUAUAUCAUAGUUUGAUUAAGUACUUCAUGAAAAAUGCUAGCAUACAUUAUUAAUUAAAUGAAUACGUAUAUAAAUUGUGUGUCCAAGACAGAUGUUGGUUGUAGCAAGUUCUUAUUAUUAUUGUGGUCCUAUUCUCGUCAAAUACACAAAAGUGAACAAUAACAAUUUUUAAACAGCCGCUGAUUAUAAAUAAAAAAAUAAUAAUAAUAAAUUACGGAUGAUAUUAAAUUACCUAGAUAUGCUAAGUUCGCUUGAAUUAAGUGCUUUAAAAUAUUGUUAACUUUGAAAUUAAUUUUCUUACGGUUAUGAAAUUUAGUAAAUAGAAAUGAAUAUAUUUAUAAAUUGAAGGAAUUGAUUAAAGUUACGAUGUUUAGAAUAAACUCCUUGUGCGAAAGGUUUCCCAUUUGGCUUGUUUGGCAAAAAUUAGAAAUCUUACUGUUGGUUAAAUUAAGAACGAAUGUUGUGGCACCACUGAGUGAAUUUAUGAUUGGAAAAGGAUUUUACUUAUGUGAUAUUUUAGCACUAAUUGUAUGAAGUGUUCGUUAAUCUCCUAACCUCGAUCUACUAGUUAAUGACAUCGGUACUUUAAGGGAAUUUCACCACAUAUGCAUCAUUUCAGUUAAUAGCGUAUAUGUGAACUUUAAUUGACCAUCUUCCGUGAGAUUAAUUUGUAGUCUUAGUACCUACUUAUUAUUUCAACUUAGCUAGGUUCGAAAGAUAUUGAAAGGAGAUUUUCCGUCAUUUUUUUCACACACUACACUACACAGAUUAUAAAAACAGUAUGAUAAAAAAUAUAAUGCUUUAUGGUG